AGCACUCUGUGUGUGUGUGUCUGUGUCUGUCUUUUCCCCGUGUAUGAUUCUCUCUGCGUCUCCCUCUCCCUGUGCCCCUCUCUGCCUCUGCCUCCCUCCUCCUCCCACUCUCCAUCUCCCCCCCUGCCACCUGUUUCCACCAUCUCGUCCCGUCAUCUCUUGUCUGUCCUCCAGGGCCCUGGGGCAGCCGGCAGCUCUGCGGGCUGUCCACCCCUGACUGCUCUGCUCAUGCCCAGCGUGUGACUGUCCCCAAAGCAGCUGGCUGGGCUCUUGCCCUUCUCAGAGCCCCUGGUCCCAGGCUCUUGCCAGGCCCUGAAGGCUGAGUAGCCAGCAGGAUGCCUGGUCUGCUGAACCAGGUCACAGGGGCAGCCCUGCCCCUCACUGCAUCUGAUGUCACCUCCUUCGUCAGCGGGUACGCCCUGGGUCUGACCGCCUCCCUCACCUAUGGCAACCUGGAAGCCCAGCCCUUCCAGGGCCUUUUCGUAUACCCCCUGGAUGAGUACACCACGGUGAUCGGCUUUGAGGCUGUCGUUGCCGACCGCGUCGUGACAGUACAGAUCAAGGACAAAGCCAAGAUGGACAGCGGCCACUUGGAUGCCACCCAUAUCAGAGCCACAACUGUCACAGGGAACCUUCUGCAAGACGGGAUUUCCGUCACCCCUCAUUCCUACACACCGGGGAAGGUGGCUCUGGAUGAGGAUUUGGAGCGGAUCCUGUUCGUGGUCAACCUGGGGACUAUUGCUCCCAUGGAGAACGUCACCAUCUUCAUCAGCACCUCCUCUGAGCUCCCGACGCUGCCCAGCGGGGCUGUGCGCGUUCUGCUGCCUGCUGUCUGCGCCCCGACCGUGCCCCAGUUCUGCACCGAGAACACCGGCCCCUCCAACCUACAGGCCCCAGGUAAAGACAGGCAUUGUUUUGGCAAUCGGGCCCUGGAUUGCUGGAACAAGUUGUGCCUGGCAACUCUCCUGGACACUGAAGUGUCCAACCCCAUGGAAUAUGAGUUCAACUUCCAGCUGGAGAUCCGUGGACCAUGCCUGCUUGCAGGGGUGGAGAGUCCCACCCACGAGAUCAGAGCCGAUGCUGCCCCGUCCGCAUGCUCAGCCAAGAGCAUCAUCAUCACCUUGGCCAACAGGCACACCUUCGACCGGCCUGUGGAGAUCCUCAUCCACCCCAGCGAGCCCCACAUGCCACACGUCCUGAUGGAGAAAGGGGACAUGACUCUGGGAGAGUUUGACCAGCACCUGAAGGGAAGAACAGAUUUCAUUAAAGGGACGAAGAAGGACAGCAGUGCAGGGCGAAAGACAGAAAUCAUCCGGAGACGCCUCCACAAGGAUGUCCCCCACCAUUCUGUCAUCAUGCUCAACUUCUGUCCCGACCUCCAGUCAGUCCAGCCGAACCUGAGAAAGAGCCAAGGGGAAUUUAUCUUCCUCAUUGACAGGAGUGGCAGCAUGAGUGGGACCAACAUCCACCGCGUCAAGGAUGCCAUGCUGGUAGCCCUUAAGAGCCUCAUGCCAGCCUGCCUCUUCAAUGUCAUCGGGUUUGGAUCCACAUUUAAGACCCUCUUCCCUUCCAGUCAGACCUACAGUGAGGAAAACUUGGCCACUGCCUGUGACAACAUCCAGAGGAUGCGGGCUGACAUGGGUGGCACCAACGUCCUCUCUCCUCUCAAGUGGAUCAUCCGGCAGCCUGUGCACCGAGGCCACCCGCGGCUUCUCUUCCUGAUCACAGAUGGUGCCGUUAACAACACUGGGAAGGUGCUAGAACUGGUGCGAAACCAUGCCUUCUCCACCAGGUGCUAUAGCUUUGGAAUUGGAUCCAACGUCUGCCACAGGCUGGUGAAAGGGCUGGCAACUGUGUCCAAGGGCAGUGCUGAGUUCCUGGUGGAGGGGGAACGACUGCAACCCAAGAUGGUUAAAUCCCUGAAGAAGGCCAUGGCCCCAGUCUUGAGUGACGUGUCUGUGGAGUGGGUCUUCCCUGAGACCACCGAGGUCCUGAUCUCACCUGUCAGCACCAGCUGCCUCUUCCCUGGAGAACGGUUGGUGGGGUAUGGCAUUGUGUGUGAUGCCUCCUUAUACAUCUGCAAUCCCAGAUCUGAGUCUGGCAGCUCUGUCUUCUACCAUGCACAAGAUGAGGGGACCAGCCCAGACAGCAGAGACUGUGCCAGGAGUUUGGGUGCACCCUUCACCCUGAGGCAGGCCAAAGACGCCCAGCCAUCUGGCGAAGACUCCACCACCAAUCCUAAUCUGGACCACUCCCAGCGACGGCGGGCAUAUAGCGCCAACCAGAUCACCGCCCGCAAGCCCUCCCCAAGGACCCCCACAGCCAGUGACCCCACAGUGGCUGCCAGGAAACACCCACUGAGGAAAGCUAAGCUGCAAGACCUUACCAACCAGUCCAGCCCAGAUGCCCUGCAGUGGCAGAUUGAUUUGCAGCCCUUGCUGAACAGUGGCCCAGACCUGAGCCAGGGCCUUAAACUCCGGGGCCCAGGAGCCCGCAGGCCCUCUCUGCUGCCCCAAGGCUGCCAGCCAGCCCUGCCUUCCUGCCGGGAGUCCCAGGCCUGGAACCCCAUGAGAGAGCUGGAUUUUGGGUCCAGCCUGAAGCCUUCCUCAGACAAACGCAGCCCUGGGGACCUGGAGCCGUCUCAUCACUCCUCAGCCUUCGAGACCGAGACGUCCUCAGACUGGGAGCCCCUGGGUGAGUCGGAGGAGCGGGUCAGUCCCGACAGGCCCGCUACCCCACGCUCCGUGUUGGGCAGGGCCGUUGUCAAGGGCCUGCGCGACAGCCAGAGUUUCCAGUGGGAGGUGAGUUUCGAGCUGGGCACCCCCGGCCCCGAGCGCGGCGGCGCACGCGACGCCGAUCUGUGGAACGAGACCUUCCACCAGCUGGCGGCCCGCGCCAUCAUCCGCGACUUCGAGCAGCUGGCGGAGCGCGAGGGCGAGAUCGAGCACGGGUCUGGCCGCCGCUACCAGAUGAAUGCCGUGCACACCAGCAAGGCCUGCAACAUCAUCAGCAAAUACACAGCCUUUGUGCCUGUGGACAUGAGCAAGAGCCGCUACCUGCCCACCGUGGUGGGGUAUCCCAACUCUGGUGCAUUUCGUAUGGCCAGCUCUCAGGUCCUGACCCGACAGUGGAGGAGCACCUCUGCUGGCUUUGGACGGUCCCAGACCAUGCCCAGGGAAGACUCGGCAGCAGGAGACGGAGUAUUUCACAACCUCAGUGUGGAGGACAGCCUCGCCACGCCCUUCAGCGAGACCAGGUCCCCAGGCCGUGAGAAGUAUGCUGCCUCUGAAGGUCCCCUGCGCAGUUUGGCCACCCACACGCUCUCUUCCUUGAAGGCCUCAGACGCUCUCUUUGGAUCCAGGAUGAAUCUCAACAAGUCCAGGCUGCUGACACGAGCUGCCAAGGGCUUCCUGAGCAAGCCGCUGACUAAGGCCCCAGAGUCAACCCCAGGUAGUCAGAGCUUCGACUAUGUCCCACUGGUGUCUCUGCAGCUGGCCUCCGGAGCCUUCCUGCUCAACCAAGCCUUCUGUGAGGCCAUCCACAUCCCCAUGGAGAAGCUCAAGUGGACCUCGCCCUUCACAUGCCACCGAGAGUCCCUCACCACCCGCCAGCCUGAGUCUAAGACCCCGAGUCCCCACAGCUUCUCCCCAAAGCCACUGGCAGAGGGCAAGCCGGGCUGGGAGCCCAAGGCUGUGACAGAACACACAGGGAAGCUGUGGGCUACAGUGGUGGCGCUGGCGUGGCUGGAGCACAGCUCAGCCUCCUACUUCGUUGAGUGGGAGCUGGUGGCCGCCAAGGCCAACUCGUGGCUGGAGCAGCAGGAGGUGCCGGAGGGCCGCACACAGGGCGCACUGAAGGCUGCUGCCCGCCAGCUGUUCGUGCUCUUGCGGCACUGGGAUGAGAACCUGGAGUUCGAUAUGCUUUGCUAUAACCCAAAUUAUGUGUAG